AUGGGAAAAGAUUUAACCAAGUAUAUCAUCUAUUAGGAACUCUAUAAACAAAUGGAAUCCAAAAAUACUAGAUGUGACAUCUAAUCAAGAGAAAAAAUCAGAUCCUUGGUAUUUCUUAAUAAUAGCAAAGAGGAGUAGUGUGAUCCUUAUUAUGAUAUUUUAAACUGGUAAUUCCCCUUAAUUAUACUUAGAUUACUCAAUCUGUCAAACUAGAUUUGGGAUAAGCUUAUAUCUUUACUAUGA